AUGGACCUGCCCCCGCAGCUCUUCUUCGCCCUCUAUGUGGCCGCCUUCGCGCUGGGCUUCCCGCUCAACAUCCUGGCCAUCGGGGGCGCCGUGUCCCACGCCCGGCUCCGCCUCACCCCCAGCCUCGUCUACGCCCUCCACCUGGGCUUCUCUGACCUCCUGCUGGCGGCCUCCCUGCCCCUGAAGGCGGUGGAGGCGCUGGCCCUGGGCGCCUGGCCUCUGCCCGCCCCGCUCUGCCCCGCCUUUGCCCUGGCCCACUUCGCGCCCCUGUACGCCGGCGGGGGCUUCCUGGCUGCCCUGAGCGUCGGCCGCUACCUGGGGGCCGCCUUCCCCUUGGGCUACCAAGCGGCCCGCAGGCCGCGCUACUCCUGGGCCGUGUGCGCUGCCAUAUGGGCCCUGGUCCUCUGUCACCUGGGGUUGGUCUUCGGGCUGGAGGCUCCGGGAGGCUGGGUGGACAACACCACCAGCUCCCUGGGCAUCAACACGCCGGUCAACGGCUCUCCAGUCUGCCUGGAGGCCUGGGACCCUGCCUCAGCGGGCCCCGCUCGCCUCACCCUCUCUCUCCUGCUCUUCUUCCUGCCCCUGACCAUCACGGCCUUCUGCUACGUGGGCUGCCUCCGGGCACUGGCCCGCUCAGGCCUGAGCCACAGACGGAAGCUAAGGGCAGCCUGGGUGGCCGGUGGGGCUCUGCUCACGCUGCUGUUCUGCUUAGGACCUUACAAUGCCUCCAACGUGGCUGGCUUCCUGCGCCCCGACAUAGGAGGCUGCUGGCGGAAACUGGGGCUCAUCAUGGGGGCUUGGAGUGUGGUGCUCAACCCGCUGGUGACUGGCUACUUGGGAAGGGGCACCGGCCGGGUGACAAGUGUGGCAAGAACGAAAGGAGGGACAUCUCAGAAGUAG